CUGGGCACUGCCGCAGCACGCGAGUGAGCCAAGCUGGGGGCUGCUACAUAUAGAGUAGUGGUAGCGGACCGGGACAAAGUAGAGUAGAAUACAUACCGUCAGUAUUGGCCGGAGUAGGUAAGCGGUGUGUACAUGUAAGUACUUUCGGCGUACCUGCCCACCUGCCUGUCGCGGGUCUCCCACUGUUCUCGCCUGUCCGUUAGGCAGGUGCGAGUGUGGAUGCCCACAACGUUGCGCGAGAGUCAGGGACCAACUAUGCCCCCCUCCCCUAUAAAUACGAUGUUGCCGCCGUGUGCUUUGACGCUUUGACUGCGUCCCACAUGUCGCCGUCGGUAUCCCCGGAAGCCGAACGAACUACAUACGAUCCCUCCCCCGCCAGCCCGACAGACUACAGUCGGACACCCACCGUGAAACACGCAGGAAACAUGGCAGCACCAGCAGCAGCGGCAGUGAUCGAUCAGCCCUCCCUGGAAGUCGACUUAGAAACUUCUUUGGAAUACUCCACCAGCCUGGAGAGUUCGACGCAGAGCAUAACUUCAUCGAUAGUCGACUACGUCUACGAGAAUGGGCGGCGCUACCACCGGCUGCAGGAGGGCAAGUACCUGCUUCCGAACGACGAGAAGGAGCAAGACCGCCUAGAUAUGUACCACCACCUGCAACUGCUCACGUUGCGCGGCGCGCUGUUCGUCGCCCCGAUCGCCAACAAGCCGCAGCACAUCCUCGACUGCGGCACCGGCACCGGCAUCUGGGCGCUGGAUGUCGGCGAGAUGUUCCCGUCCGCCGAGGUCAUCGGCGUCGAUCUGAGCCCCAUCCAGCCGAACUGGGUCGUGCCAAAUGUCCGCUUCGAGGUCGACGAUCUCGAAAGGGAUUGGACGUUCCAAGAGGACCGCUUCGACUUCGUCCACUCGCGCAACAUCGCACAGAGUAUCCGUGACUGGCCCAAAUACCUACGGCAGAUGUACCGCCACACGAAACCCGGUGGCUUUAUCGAACUAGCCGAAGUCGAGACGGCAUUACACUCAGACGACGGCACAUUCGCAGGGUCCGCACUGGAGCGUUACUUCGCCAACUUCGUGGAGGCGAUCUCAGGCGUAGGCGUGGACCUGAUCCAGCCCACAGGCUCGCUGCUGAAGUCCAUGGUCGAGGCGGCGGGGUUCGUCGACGUCGUUACGAAACCCUUCAAAAUGCCCUGGGGCGGCUGGCCCAAGAACGCGGAAAUGAAGCGGGCGGGGUUCAUCGUGGCGCUGAAUAGUGCUACGGGCCUGGAGGCCUACGCGAUGGCGCCGAUGACGAGGUAUCUCGGAAUGACCUCUGAGGAGGUCCUCGAGCUGUGUAAGGCUGCCCAUAAGGAUGUGGAGGGGAGGAAGGUCCAUGCUUAUCAGGUUAUGUGGCAUGUUUAUGGUAGGAAACCGGAGGCGGAGUAGGUGUGGGAGUGUGGAGGGCAAGGGGGCAAGAGGGCAGGAGGGAGCUCGGUCGAAACAUGCCCAAAUACGUAUUACAAUGUCAACUACGUCCUGUCUAUCCAACCGGAAUUUCUCAGCGCCGCCAUUAUACCCGC